UCAUCUAUCUGGUUGAAGUGAUCGUCUUUUUUAGUUUUUUAUUUUCUGAUUUCCGGCAUUCUUUCCCUCUGUAACUUUUGCCUGACUUUGUGAUUUGUGAACAACUUACUUUAAUACUUGUAACUAUGUCCGUAGACGAUCAAGCUGCUGCUGCCAUUCUAUCACAAGUAGCCCUAGCCGCCGAUGGAGCAAUUCUUGGCCUAGCCAUAGCUUACGUUGCUGUCCGAAGCGUCCUCAGCUUCAAGACUACAUCCGCCGCCCUCCGUAAAAUCCGUCACGCCCCUUCUGUCCAGAUUUCCGACCUCCGUUCAAUCGCCACCUCUUCAUCCGAUGGAUCAUCGGACCCUCAAGAUAUUUUGGUCGUACAUGGCGUCGUUGAAUCCAAAUCUUCCGUUGAUAGAAAUUGGAGGACCUUACCUAAUGUUCUAGUUUCUCAUGAAUCCCGCGAGAAAGGGGUUAUCUCACAGAGAUCAGUUAAGUGGAUAUACAAUAAAUGGCGGGGUUUCUCUGGAUGGACUGCCUUCUUCCGCACUAUGUUUGCAAGAAGUUUGGAAGAACAAGAAUCCUCGUCAAUAAGAAUGGUUCCAUUUGUCCUUGUUGAAGGUGGUCGGGGACCACAGAGUGAUUAUGUAAUUGUCAACAUGGAAGGUUCAAAUCAUCCUUUACCACUCGUGACAGCUUUUCAUCAGUUACAACCUGUUGAUGCUUCUCCUUUUACUUUCGUUCAAGCACUUUUUGGUCAUGAAUACCCUGUUGGGUUAGUUGAGGAAGAAAAAAUACUGCCAUUAGGAAAGGACAUAACUGCAGUUGGAAACCUUAGUUUGAAGGAUGGAAUAGCAGAAAUCAGAUCAUGCAAGGAUCUUCCCUGCUUCUUAUCUGAGAAGAGCAAGGAUGAAAUAGUGGCAGACCUUGAUUCUAAGGUUAAAUAUCUACUAUGGAGUGGUGUUAUUCUUAGUUCAGUCGCGAUUGGGGUACUUGGUUAUGCUGCUGUGAGGAACUGGGCUAGAUGGAAAGAGUGGAAGCAACAGAGGCGAGCACAAGAGCAAAAUGGCGGUGAAGAUGAUGAUCGGGAUGAGGCAAACGCGGAGGAGGGGGAUGAUGAGGAUACAGAGCCCAUCCCGGAUGGGCAGUUGUGCGUGAUUUGUUUGUCAAGGAGGAGAAAGUCUGCGUUUGUACCUUGUGGGCAUUUGGUUUGUUGCUCGCGUUGCGCCUCGUCGGUUGGUCGGUAUUCGACACCACUUUGUCCUGUUUGUAGACAGGACGUAAGUUGGUCUCUUAGGAUAUACCAAUCUUGAUCAGAUAUUGUAAGUAAGUAAUCCUUCUCUGUGAAUAGUAUUGUUAGCUGAUCUCUUAAGAAUGGUUUGUCAGUUUGGGUAAAACAUACACGCCUUAACAUAUUUUCUAAUUUAUAAAUUAAAAAGCUUGACCCUUUCUUUUGGAACUUAUUAUAUACUCCCUGAAAUGAUUACAAAUUGUUUAAUGAUUUACUGUCAGUACUAAUUCCAAAACUCUCACAUUAUUAUACUAAUUAAGGAUAACACAAAUUACCUUUUGGCUAAUUAUUUAUUUUUGUAGUGAA